AAAUAACGAGACUUUUAUUUCAGACUGAAGAAGAAAGAAGAAGAGAUUGUGAAAUAUUCGUAUGAUUUAGAUAAAAAUUUUAUGAGUUUUUCUAUACGAUACCUUGAUUAAUCCACGAUUACUUGUCAGCUAGAAGAAUUGGAGGAAAAGGAGACGAAAGAAAUAUAUAUUUCAGAAGGAAUUAAUCAUGAAAACAUACACUUAUGAAAAUUUAUUAUUCUCACGCGGUUAGAAAAUAAACAUGGCCGCCAAAUAUUCUAAUCAAUCAGAAGAAGCUAAAAGAAACACCCUAGGAACAACAAAGCACGUCAAUUUACGUGGUUCUUGUUGUGUUAAAUUCAACAAACAUUUUAAUUAGCCUUUGAUCGUCAAUUAGAUAUAAAAUAAGGCGACUGUCCUUGACACUUGACCCUCAACGUGGUGGUUUUUGUUAUCCACUUUUGCAGUAAAAACAGGCCAGGUGAAGCCAUUUUUAAAGGUUAUAAAACCUUACCAGACAUCCUGCAACAUUUGAAGUAUCAGACAAAACAAAACCGGCUGAAAUGUCCUGCAUUCAUUAUAAAUUCAAGACGACCCUGGACUACAGAUCAAUAUCAUUUGAUGGAGUCGCUCUGUCGUUGGCAGACCUGAAGAAAGCCAUAUUUCAACAACGCCGUAUGAAACCUGGAGAGAUUGACUUAGAAAUAACAAAUGCACAGACUAAAGAAGUAUACAAGAAUAAUGAUGACAUGAUACCAAAAAAUUCCUCCGUGAUUGUUGCCCGUGUACCUAUCCCAACCUCAACCAAAAAUAACACUAGCAAAUCAUGGGAGGCUUUCAAACAGGAGUGUGCCAGAGCAAUAAAACAAGAGAAGGAGAAGGAGAGAGCUGCUCAGGAACUGGCCAAUCAACAGGCCGGGGAUAUAGCAAAUGCUAAGACUUCGGAGAUUGAUAAAAUUCGUGCAAUGAUGAACCAGUCUGGUAGAGAUUUUGACCCAGCAAGCUACAAGAAUAAAGUUCCACUCGGCCAGCCACCAGUAGGAUAUAAGUGUUAUAAAUGUGGUAAAGGGGGACAUUAUAUUCAUGGCUGUACAGAAAAAUCAGAAUCAAAUGUAAUUGAACCAAAGUUUAAGAGAAGUACAGGAAUACCAAAUAGUUUUCUAACUUUAACCGAUGACCCCACUGUACCAGGAGCCUUGUUAACUUACUCUGGAAAAUUUGCAGUUCCUACCAUUGAUAAGCAUGCUUAUGCUACUGGUAAAAAGGAAUUGCCACCAUUCUUGCCUGGUAUGAAUACACAAGCAGUAGUGCCUAAAUCACCUGGAAUUCCUCAAGAACUAAGAUGUUUGAUAUGUCAAGAUUUACUGAAAGAUGCUGUUCUUAUUCCUUGUUGUGGAAACAGUUUUUGUGAUGACUGUAUAAGAAAUAAACUGUUAGAGACAGAAGAUCAUGAAUGUCCAGUUUGUCAUGAACAAGAUGUCUCACCCGAUAAACUCAUACCUAAUAUGCUGAUGAGAAAAGCUAUUAUCAAUUUUUUAAAUGAAUCUGGCUACACUAAUGCCAUAAAUAAGUCUGUAGAACGUAUGAAAGAAGAACGCAGAAGUGCUAGUCCAACUAUGCCACCAGCCUCUACACCUCAAGUACAGGCUCCACCAGUUCAGAAACCUGUUCAGGCUCAGAAGCCUGUGAAUAUUCGACAGGCUUGGCAACAAUAUAAAAAGCCCACUUAUAAUCAAGUUAUUCAGACUCUAACUCCUAGUCAACCGAAUAUCAUACCUCGCAUUGUACCUGUGACUCAACAGAUACCCAGUAUCCAGCAAGCUCCUCAUCAUUUUACUAAUACCAUAUCCUCGGUAAAUAGAGUAGUUAAUGAUGCUAUUCCUGUACAAACAGUAACACGAUCACAACCACCGCCAUUACACAUGACUUCUAUACCUGUACAGUCAGUCAACAGCCCUAUUUUAUCACAACACUCAGAAAGAAGCAAUACGCCUGAAGAUAGAGCACCAACUCCUGUUAAAGAUGAACAGCCCCAUCCGCCAGGUGUUGACGAGGCAACAGUGAACGUUAUAUCAGUAGUAGGACAGCCUCCUCCAGAAGUUCAAACAGUACAAGCUGUACAGACCACAAGAUCUAGUACUGUUCCUUCAUGGCAAAAUCUGAAAGCUCCUGGAAGUAACACCCCACCAUUAUAUGGUUCAUUACCACCAACAACCAGUAACUCACACCCUCCAUCUUUAUUAGGUGUUCCACCACCAAUAUAUCCAGCAGGUGUGCCAGGACCUAUGAUCGGACAACCUAUUACGCCAAUGAAUUUUGGCGUCCCUCCAUUUGGCUCUGGACCACGACCUCCGUUUCCUCCUUUUGCUCCUCCAGUUGCACCCAUGUCGAAAGAACAGUUUUAUAGAGAACAAAAGAGAAUGAAAGAAGCUGCCAAAGAGAAAAAGUAUGAUGUAAUGGAUCAUUUUACAAAAGAUUUCUUAGAGCGCAAAGAUCGUGUUAAGAAAACCAAAAGUAAAUCAAAAAGUCAUUCAAGGUCCCGUUCGAAGACACCUAGAAGAUCGCGGUCAAGAACUCCAAGAAGACUGCGUUCAUUAACACCCAGGAGAUCGAGAUCUAGAUCUAGACCACCAAGAUCUCUUACACCAAUCAGAAAAAGAAGUAGAUCGAGAACCCCAUAUAGAUCACGUUCUAGGUCUCGGUCACCCCCUCCUAGGUUAAGGACUAGAUCUCGAUCAAGGUCCCGGUACAGAUCUCGUUCUCGGUCAAGAUAUAGGUCUCGAUCUAGAUCUUUUGCUAGAUCUUUAUCUAGAGGUAGAUAUAGAUCUUAUUCAAGAUCUCCGAUUCGUAGUUACAGAAAAUAUUCAAGAUCAAGGUCUAGAUCUCCAUAUAGACGUUACUCACCUGUUCGUAGAAGAUCACCAAUAGGCAGUAGGCGACGAUCUUUAACGCCUCCUGGCAGUCCAUCUUAUAGAGGAAAAUAUCCUGAAAGUAGAAGAUGGUCCCCAAGACCUGGUGCUAGAUAUGGUAAUGAUAGCCCUGGAAGAUAUUCCCCACCUCCAAGAUACCCUCCUGAUUAUGGUUUCAGUGGUCCUCCAGGUCCUCCUCCAUUUGGAUUUGAUGGACCUCCUCCUCCUCCUCACUUCUUUGGGAAUCCACCAGGGUAUGGAAUUGGACCUCGACCGCCACUUGGUCCACCAGGAAUGCCAGUUGGUCUACCACCACCACCACCAGGUUUUGCAAUGUAUCCUGCUCCCCCGGUACCACCUAUACGCAAUCGUUCUAGAUCCCCGAAACGUCAUGGCAGACCUUUAAUGGGUACUCCACCAAGAGGUAGAUAUGAUCAUGAUCGUCCUCGGGAUAGAAAAGAUUAUGGUACAGACAGGGCAUCUGAUAGACCUAGAACGCAUGAUGAUAAAGGAAGAUAUCAGAGAGAUGGAUAUGGUCGCAAAGAUUAUCCCAAAACGCAAGAUGGAGUUCGGUCACAUGAUAAAGAAAGAAAUAGUCAAACAUCAGAUUCCAAUAAAACAUCAAAGGAUAAGAAGGGUAAGGAGGAUAAAGAAAACAAGGAAAAUGGAAAGGGGUUGAAGUCUGAUGAAAAGACAGAAAAAGAGAAGAGUAAGGAGAAAGGUGACAGUAAAAGUAAGAAAAAGAAAGAAUCAAAGAAAAAAGAAAAAUCUGAGAAAAAGAAACGAGAUAAAUCUAAAGAUAAGAAAAAGGUAGAAACAGACAUAUCUGGUGAUGUUGAUAAAUAUGAAGAAAAGAAAGACAGCACAAAGGUGUCUACUGGUAAUACUUAUACUAGAUCAUCCAACUCUACAUUGAUAUUUUUAACUGGUGGAGGUGAUGAAGCACCGGAAAAAUCUGAAGCUAAUACUGCUGAAACUACUACAGAUGCUACAUAUGUUAAAAAAGAUACCGAACCUUCUCCUGCCAAAGACAUCAAAAAGAUAAAGAAAGUGAAAAAGAGAAGCAAGAGUUGUAAUGUAGCUGAAGAUACAAGUGACUCCACAACUGAAAACAAAUCUAGAACACGCUCAAGUAAAAAGGCAGCUGCACUAGUGGAAUACAAUGAAACCUCUGGGGAUGUAUCAGAUAAACCUCCAAAGAAAAAGGGCACAUCAAAGAAAGGAAAAGCUAAAGGAAAAGAGGAAGAAUCCAAACAAGAAGAUGCAGAAACACCCAGCAAGGACCCAGAUGGAAUCCGAACUAAGGUAGAAAAGGAAAAUAAUGAAUCUGGCAAUGAAGUAGCUACCCUAGUUAAUCGUGCUCCCCCAAGUCCACAUGAUCAGGUUCCUAGUAGUCCUAUUGAUGCAACUGAUGGUGUUCAUGAAGAUGAACCAUCCCCACCAGGUGUUAAUGAUAAACCUGAUUUAUUAUUAGAUAAACCAGAUUUAUUAUUAGACAAACCCGAGUUAAUGUUAGAUCUACCUGAAUUAUCCAAGUGGGAGAGAGAUGAUAUAGAUGAGGAAUCUGAAGAGGAACCACAAAAAAUUGAAGUUAAAAAAUCCUUGCCAAAGUCUGUGAUAGAGAAAGCUGAGAAAGCUUUGACUCAAAAACCACCCAAAAUAUCUUCAGUGGCAUCUGCUAUAACUUCACCAGUACGUAAUACAGGUAAGAAGCGUAGAGUGUAUUUAGAUGAAGGAGAGGAUGAGAAAAAGCCAGUUGAAUCGUAUGAAGACAAUAGGAGAGUUCAUACAAAACAGAAAUCGAUGCAAAUCACAAUUUCAUCAAAAGAAAGACAAAGAAAUGAGGAGCUUGAAAGAAGGGAGAUGAGGAAAGGAGACAAAUCGAGGCGGGAAGAGAAGAGGGAUCGAGAACCAGAGCGCAAAUCUGUAUUCACCAGAAUGAAGUUAGAUGAUCAUGAAAGAAAUUCUGAUAAAUACAAAGAUAGAAGAGACAGAGAAAGUAGAAGUAGUUUUGAAGACAGUAGUAAUAGAAAAGAUCGCGAGAGCAGAAAAAUUAAAGAUUUGAGAGAAAAACUACCAAAUCGAACAGAUAGGAGAGACCAUGAGCGAUUUGAAGAGCAGAGGGAACGACAUCGCGAGAAACCAUCAAGAAGACAUUCUGAUUCUAAUCAUAAGGACAAUGAUAUAGGAAAAGGUUCUAGUGAUAAAUCACGCACAGUUAAUAGUAAAUCUGUGAAAGAUUGUGAUGAUCAUAGUGAUCAGGAAUUAAACGAAACUAGGAACACUAAUGAAAAAACUGAAUCUAAAUCUAAACCUGUGAUAGAUCGUAAAGAGUCAUUAUUAGAUGAAUCAUUGUUCGAACCUGAUUACAACGAAGAAGUGAGUGAAACGGAAACCAGCUCAACAGAUGAGGCCCCCGGCAAAGUCCAGAAAGAAAAAGAACCCAGUCCAAGUGCCAGUUCACGCGAAAGUAGUCCAACUCCUGCUAAAAAACGGAAACGACAUGACACAACAGAUGAUGAAAAUCCGUCCAAAAAAUCUAAACAUAAAAAACAUAAGCACAAACAUAAAACUGGCAAACAUAAACAUAAGAAAAAGAAACAUAAGAAAAAAGAACAAGAGACAGAAUAGUUAGAUAAAUCAGUCAGUAGUCACAUGUAAAUAAACAUCAUUGUAUUCUGUUAUUAAUAAUGUAAGCCUAUUGUGCAUCUAAAUCUUCAUAAGAUACAUUGUUUCAAUGGCAUUUAGUAAUUGAACUAGAGUAUACAUGUCACAAUUCUAUGGAAUACAAUUAUUGCUUAUUACUGAGCAAAGUUUUGACUAGUCUCCUCUAGUCAUUAUCAAGCAAUGAUAACGAUAGACGCCUUGGCAAAACAUUGCUCUUUAAAAAGCAAUAUUUGUAUUCCAUAGAAUUGUGACCUGUGUUUUGGUAAGAUACAUGUAAUGGUAAAAGACAAGAGAAGUCCAGUUGAAUCAUGGCUCAGUAAUAAGCAAUAAUUGUAUUCUAUGGAAUUAUGACCUGUGUAUUGAUAAGAUACAAAAGUAAUGUGCAUCCUCUGUUGAUAACUUGAUCAUAUGAAAAACUUAGAUCUCUAUUGUAUAAAAACAAAAGUGUUUUAUCAUUGUGUAGUUUUAUACAAGCCUGGAAAUAAUAAUUUUAGUUAUACCUCAGAAAAUGUUAAGCACCACUGUACGAGUACCUGACAUUUUAAACUUUGUAUCAGACCUCAAAUCUAUGCCAAUCAAAAUGACAGGCACCAGAGAGAUUAUGCCUGACAAUGUCUGUUACAGGUGCCUUAUUUUCAGGCAUGGUUUUAUCAUCUUUACGUGAAACCUUAUUGGUAUAUCAUCUACAUUGUAUUAAUAUUAUUGAUACUAUUGAUAGCUCAAAUAUAGAUACAGUUGUAGUGACUUUGUAUAUAGCAUAAUGUGAAGUAUGGUAAAUGAAAAUAGUUUCAUAACAUGAUAAUGGUAAUAUUUGAUUUUGGUUUUCAACAAUCAAGUAAAACACAAAACAGUAUUAUUUAAGUAUGAUUAUAUUAGUGUAUAUAAAAGUAUAUUCAAUUAAAUUGUCAUUAAAAUCAUGUUAUUGGACAUAAGUGCUACAAAUGAUUCAUCAACAUCAUUCCAACUAAAUAAUUAAAACUGCAGAAUGAUGUCUUUAAAUUGAAAAAUAUUUUGUUAUAAGUAUUGUUUUCAACUUGUCAUCUAACUUUUAUUUAUAAUUUUUUUUAUUAAUAUAAGUACUUAUUUACUGUAGAAAGAGCGAAGCAAAUUAGUACUUUAAAAUAAACUAUUUCCUCUUUAUAUAAAAUUAUAAAUACCUUGUGUGAUAAAAAGAUUAUUUCAGUGGGAAAUGUCUGCAAACAUAGGCAUUUUUCAGAAAAGAUGGUUGAAUGUGGAUGUUUCUUUGAGAAGCUUAUUACAUAAUGCCAGUUUGCAUUUGAUUUAUGAUUUCCCAGCAUAGAUAAGGUUGUUUACAAGAGUUAUUGCUAUUGAAACACCUUUCUAUAAGUUUUGUACUUAUGUAUAGAAGAGAGUGGAUGAAAAGGUUUGUGGAUUUAGAAAGAGUGUAAAUAUAUUAUGUUUGAUUAAAGAUAUUGCUAAUCUAUAUUGUAUAUAAGUGUACAUUUCAAAUUCUGUACAUGUAUUUUAAUUUUACUGUCACAGAUAGAUGGCGGAUUAAAUGUAGCACCACAGGUAUGGUGCCUUAUGAGAAAAUUGAUUCCAAUAAAAACUAUGAAAAAUAAAUCUGUUUUGUGGAUUUUGU